CCAUUUGAGAACAAAAUAUCAAAUGCUAUUAACUUGACCUAAGUUAACGGUAUUAUAAAUAUUUUGUUAUCAAGAAGACAAUGUAAUGAUAUUGUUGUACAUUUUGUGUACAAUCUUCGCAGUUUUGGUCUUAUUUUACCAAAAGACAUAGUGGGAGACAAUGGUUCUCAUGUCUCAACCAACGAGUCUUGGUCUGUUUGCAUUCUUAAACCUAAACUUAAGCCUAAUCUAAAAUAGAAAAUUAACAUGAGUCAAUCCAAUUGAAUGAAGUUUAGUUUUGCUUCUUCCCGACGGUGACGGACAUUGACCCACAAGAAAGAAAGUCAAGCUCUCGCAUGGAUAUAAUUCCAAAACUCCCAAGUUCGUGCUUCCAAGUUCUAAAUUUAGUAAUCUCACAAUGUUUAUCUCUGCCCUUCUAAUUUCUCUCCUUCUUUCACCAUCGUCGGCUUGGGCUGAAGCAACGACCCUAACUCAAGGAAACUCCAUAGACGUUGAGGAUGAGAAUCAGUUCCUAACUUCCCCAAAUGGAAUCUUUUCUUCAGGGUUUUACAAAGUGGGCAACAAUUCCUUCUCCUUUUCAAUAUGGUUCACAAAAUCUGCUGAUAAAACCGUCGUUUGGAUGGCAAACAGAGACAACCCAGUUAACGGAAAGAAAUCCAAAUUGAACCUCAACUUCAACGGCAAUUUGGUACUCAUCGAUGCCGAUGGUUCGUUGACAUGGUCUACAAACACCAUCACUACACAGCAAGUUGAGCUUAAGCUUCUUGACAAUGGAAAUCUUGUACUGGUGAAUCAAAUUGGAAUUUUUCUUUGGCAGAGCUUCGACUUCCCAACAGAUACUCUUCUCCCACAGCAACAAUUUCUCAAGAAUUCCACUUUAGUCUCCAUUAAAGCUCCAGGUACUUACUCAUCUGGGUUUUAUUUCUUCAAGUUCAAUGACGACAAUGUUCUAAACAUCAUUUAUAACAGUCCUUCGCUUUCUAGUAUCUACUGGCCUGAUCCUGGUAAGAAUGUGUUUGAGAAUGGUCGAACUCGUUAUAACAGUUCCAGAAUAGCCAUUUUGAACGAUAUGGGGAGGUUUGAAUCCACUGAUAACUUGAAUUUCAAUGCUACUGAUUACGGGUUUGGUCCAAAGAGGAGAUUAACCAUGGAUUUCGAUGGAGUUUUGAGAUUGUACAGCCUUGUUGAAUCAACUGGCAAUUGGGAGAUCACUUGGCUUCCUAGUGGACAGUUAGAUGCUUGUUUGGUUCAUGGGUUGUGUGGAGAAUUUGGGAUUUGUUCGUAUAAUCCAUUACCUACUUGUACUUGCCCCCCGGGUUUCAUUAGAAACCAUCCAUCAGAUUGGAGUAAGGGCUGCAAACCUUCUUUUAAUUUGAGCUGUGAUUCCAAGGAUUUGGAUUUCAUUCAUCUUCCUCGUACGGAUUAUUAUGGUUAUGAUUUGGUGGGUUACGCCAGAGGAGUCAGUGUUGAAACUUGUCGGAACUCUUGUCUCAACAGUUGUCAAUGUUUGGGGUUUGGAUAUUCAAUGGAUGGCUUUGGAGUAUGCUUUCCUAAAGGAGCUCUUCGUAAUGGGAAUCGAAAACCCGAUACCAUGAUUCUAAUGCAUAUCAAAAUUCCAAAAGGCAGACCAAAAACGGAGUUGAAGGAAGAAUUUUCAAAUGAUUUGAAAUGCUCUGCUUCAGAGAUUGUUCUAAACACAGAAAUAUUCCUAGAAAACAAAAUUAGAUUUCGGUAUAUGGGAUUAUUGAUUGCGUUUGUAGCCAUUGUUGGGUUCAUUGAGUUAAUUUUCUUCGGUUUCGGGUGGUGGAAUGUCUUUCGAAAGCGAGUUAACGAAGAGUUGGUUAACAUGGGUUACAUUGUUUUAGCCAUGGGAUUCAAAAGAUUCACAUACACAGAAAUGAAGAGAGCAACAAGAAAUUUCAAACAAGUAAUAGGAAAAGGAGGGUUUGGAACAGUUUAUAGAGGAGAAUUAGACGAUGGAAGAAUCGUGGCAGUGAAGAGAUUGGAAGGCAUUUUACAAGGAGAUGCAGAGUUUUGGGCAGAAGUAAGCAUAAUCGGAAAGAUAAACCACAAGAACUUAGUGAAAUUAUGGGGUUUUUGUGCUGAGAAAAAUCAUAAGAUAUUAGUUUAUGAGUACGUGAAAAAUGGGUCUUUGGAUAAACUUCUAUUCUCCAAUUCAUCAGAACCAUUGGGAUUGGAACAGAGAUAUGAAAUAGCAGUUGGAACAGCAAAGGGUUUAUCGUAUUUACACGAAGAAUGUCUAGAAUGGGUUCUUCAUUGUGACGUGAAACCUCAAAACAUACUUCUUGAUGAAGAUUUAGAACCAAAAGUGGCAGAUUUUGGAAUGUCAAAGCUAUUUAAGGAGAUCAAUGAAAAUGGAUUCUCAAGAGUGAGAGGGACAAGGGGUUAUUUAGCUCCAGAAUGGAUGAUGGAUCAAAAAAUUGAUGCAAAGGCAGAUGUUUACAGUUAUGGGAUUGUUUUGUUGGAGCUUGUGAGUGGAAAAUCUGCAUCUAACUUCCAAUCAUCUUCAAAUUCUAGGGAUUGUAGAUACAGUAAUUUGGUGAGUUGGAUGAUUGAUAAUGUAGAGAAAGGGAAGAUGGAGGAUGUGAUUGAUCCCAGAUUGGAAGAAAGUGAGAAGGAUGUUAGAAAGAUUGAGAUGUUGGUGAGAGCGGGUUUACUGUGUGUGAAGGAAGAUAGAAAUUUGAGGCCUGCAAUGAGUAGAGUUGUGGAACUUCUCACAUCCUUUCAUGGAACAAGCCCAUUUUGAUGAUACCAUUCCAUAGUGGCCCCCAAGAAAAAUACUUGUAAUCACUCUCCUCCUAAUGAAUCCAUUCUUCUUGUACCUUAGGCUAUGUAUAAUAUUUAUUAUUAUUUUUUGAAGUUACUAAUAUGCUAGACCAUCUUAAUUGAUACUAAAUACUUAUAUUUAAAA